GGUGCAACAGUGUAACUUGGAAGCGCAACAAUGGCAAGAGCUGCUCUCCUUCACGUGCUGCGGUCACAGGGCCGCCAUCACUUGUCCGCAAACACUCCUUCAGUAUAUCAUUAUUUUAGGUCCUCGACCUAUGGAAAGCACAUUAGCGCUACUCCAACACUCAAAACUUCCUAUCAACUUGCUGUUUCCCAAAUAAGAUGGGCAUCACAGGCCACAACUACAGAGGAAGACAACAAGAUUAGCAUUGGACCUCGUAGUGGAGGACAAUCAGGGGAAGGUGACAAGGAAACUGGAGUUGUUUAUUAUGGGCCGAUCUCAAGCACCAUAAAGAAAGUAAAACUUCUGUCUCUCUCAACUUGCUGCCUCUCGGUAUCUCUUGGUCCGGUGAUAACCUUCAUGACAUCCCCCGAUAUGAAUGUCAUCCUAAAGGGUGCAGUAGCAUCGUCUGUGAUAUUCUUUAGUGCUACUACAACUGCUGCCCUUCACUGGUUCGUUAGCCCGUACAUUCACAAACUCAGGUGGCAACCCGGUUCAGACAGCUUUGAGGUGGAGAUGAUGUCCUGGCUUGCAACUUACACUUCAAAAACCAUCAAGUUUGCUGAUAUUCGGAACCCGGAAACCAAUAGGCCUUUUGUGACAUUUAAGGCUAAUGGGAACUUUUACUUUGUGGAUACAGAGCACUGUCACAAUAAGGCACUUCUGGCUAGACUCACCCCACAAAAAGUGACUCAUGAGUCAGCUUUCAAAAAUUUGUGAUUCAAAAUAUGCUGGUGUGAGCUCUCUCAGUUAUUUUACUAUUACAUGUAUUGAAUCCCUGCCCUGCCUUAAUUUCAAUCUGUGGUUGGAAUUUUUUUGUACACUUGAGAUUUAAUAUCUUGUUCUAAUGCCAUAAACUGUUUAGGUCUGAUUAAUAAAUUCCUCAGUAUGGUAUUUUGCAACAUUAUAAUAUAGGAAGUAUUUUAUACAAAUUUGGGAUUUUUGAAGUCUUGUCAAAUUUAUUAACGAUGUUGCUGUAUUUGUUUACUGUUAUUUCGGUCCUUCUACCUAUGGUUUAUUUAAGAGGAACAUAUCU